UACCUGGUCAGCUUCCGUUCGCUUCCGAUUAUGGCGAAGAAAGUUCCGCCGAACUUUCGUCUGGCGGAGGCUUUGUCGAAGACCGCGGUACUGUUUCAAGGGCAGAAGUUUUUGGACUGGCCAAAUGUGUUGUGUGAGUUUUCGCAUCGGGUGACGCCGGAUCUUUUCCCAGUGGAGGUGGUGCCUACCUAUGUGAUGUCAGACACAGAGCUCACCUGCAUCGUGCCAGAGGCUUUUCACGGAUUGGACGACCGUCAGUUGCAAGUGCGGCUAGCGCAGCCGCAGACUUUCAGUACUGUGUGGUACGCGGAGUUUCUUGUGAACCGUGUCAAUCUGACACUCACAGGGGACGUGGUCAGCGGUUCGGACGAUCAGGCUACGACGCCUGCUGUAAUCUCUGGGGAGCUUUCUGCUGGCAACUCGACCUUUGGGCCAAGCGGGCUGUCGUGGUGCGGCAGUAACCGCACCAAGUCGCUGCUGCAGCGGCUGCAGAACUUGGAGAGGUGCAACAACGGGACUGACGACGGGGGGGACGGUGUCACGGCGCGUAUGGUCCUCCUCCGGCAGCUGUUUGUGUCAUCCAACAGCAGCACUGUCGUGUUGAACGAUUCAAACACCAGCGCGAACGCAUCGACCACGGCUGGCUUCGAUGGCGAAGACGACGCGAAUGAUACUAAUGCCUCCAACCACUCCGCAAUUCUCGCAGGAAAUGGCGUUGCGUCCGCCGUCGCGCAGGGGUUGGGCGUGGGCUUUACAAAUCAGAGCCUGGUACUGGUCGGGCCGUUAAAUCGAAGCAUUUGCGAAAUUCAAUACGUAGAUCCUAUACUGCCCUUCGUUGCGCCCCUUCCGACUUCCGUUCGAGCCACGACGGGGGAGCGGUCCGUUUUCCUGUCCGAUCCAGUGAUCGAGCGCGUUCAUCCACGAUAUGGGUUCGACGCAGGCGGCAACAUUAUUUCCGUGUUUGGGCAAAACCUGCCCGCGCUGUUGCAGGACCCGCAGGGCAGAACGGCCGUGCGGUGCGAUUUUGGCAAGGCGGGCGUGACCUUCGCC